CAAGAAAACCAGAUCAACGUGACAGCAGUCCCAGAAGCUUUUGCCGUGAGUUUAUCUCGAUUCUAUCUGCUCAAUUGAAUUAUCUAAUAAAAGUGUAGUAAAACAUGGAGGGAUUUGAGGAAAACUAUCAAAUUCUUGAAUCCGAACAGUUGGGAAGGUUUGUUGUUGCGAAACGCGAUUUGACCCGGGGAGAGCAGAUUCUACUGGAGGAACCAUAUGUGACCGGUCCAUACUGGGAUGCCGACGUCAGUUGUUUGAACUGUUUUAGAGAUUCUUGCUCUACCUGCCGGCAGUGCGGCGUUGCGCCCCUAUGUUACGAUUGCAAGAUUCACGACGAAGCUGAGUGCAGCUUUUAUCGUGAGUCCAGUUUGGAUAGGCAUUUUCUUUACAACCAUUUCAACGUGGUUAUGCCGGUACGUUGUUUGAUGCUCUACAGAAGCAAUCGUGAACGUUACGAUGAGGUAAUGACUAUGGAAUCUCGUCUGGAAGAACGUCGAGGAACGGAGAUUUGGGACAUCCACGAGAAAUUUGUGGUGAAACCUCUGAUGGAAAGUGGUAUCUUUGCUGAGAAAUUCGAAGGAUUGGAAGUUACUGGUGAACUGAUCCAACGCAUCUGUGGAAUACUGGAUGCCAAUACGUUCGAAAUUCGUGGAAAUGUGGACAGUCGUGAAUCGCAGAUGGGCAACUUGGCUCGUGGUCUUUAUCCGAAGACAGCACUAAUGAUGCACAGCUGUAUGCCAAACACGUUGCUUUCGGUUGAUGGAUACUCGAACGUGAGGGUGUUCACGUCCGCUCCUGUGAAGAUGGGAGAAAUAUUAAAUAUAAGCUAUACAAGGAGCUUGUUUGGAACAUACGACAGGCAAACCCAUCUACGGAAAGGCAAAUAUUUCAUUUGCUCUUGCAGACGAUGCAAAGAUCCAACAGAGCUGGGAACGCAUUUGAGCUCGAUCAGAUGUUCGGAAUGUGAUGAUGGACUCUGUUCGUUCUAUCCAGACGAGCCAAGAUGGGAGUGCAACAAGUGCCACAAGUUACUCAAAAGGGAGUACGUCAACGAAAUAUUGUGUGCAGCCCGUGAUGACAUUAUGGCAUGUCCGCUAGAGGUUCGUGAUCUCGAAAGAGUGAUCAGCAAGCACUCCAAAAUCCUGAAUCCUCACCACUCCCUCGUCCUGGAGGCCAAACAAACGCUGAUGGGUGAGCUCAAGGCAAUCUGCAUGUCAACGGAUCCGACAGCCGUACCCAAACCGGUUCUGAGACGAAAGUUUGAACUUUGUGAAGAGAUCCUACCGAUUCUUCGCACACUUGAACCUGGAUUGUCGCGGCUAGUUGGAAUCGCUAUGUACGAAUACCAUGCUGCGCUGGUUGAGCUCUCUCGGCGAAAUUUUGAUACGACAGAAAUCAAAUCACAUGAAUUGCUGGAUAACCUCAUCAAAGCGGAAGGGGAGCUGAAGCUGGCAAUUAACAUGCUUCUGUUCGAGCACAACAGUACACCGGAAGGGCAACUUGUCAAACGGGCAAUGCGUGAACUGAAGGAACUGCGUGCGGAAAUUUCAGUCGUUCGAGCAAUGAUCGAGGAUGAAAACCUAGAAUCGCAAAACCGAAAUCAGCGCAACAGCAAUGCCAGCAAUAAUAACUAUAAAAUUAAGUUUGGUAAGCGUCGGUAAGUAUCGUUGCGUACAAGCAAAUACACAUUUGUUUAAUAAAAUAAAAUACUUGAAAA